GGUGGUAUUUCUGGAGCCUGCCGGCCCAUUGGUCUGAGGUGGCUCCGCUACCAUAAAGAGGGCUGACUUUCCUGCUGAGUGAGCACUUCACACCCUAUAUACCCUGUUUAUUCUUUACUGUUUAGGACUUGGCAGUGUCUCCCCCUCUUCUUCUCCUUCCUCCUCCUCCUCGUCACGUUCAGUAGGGUGUGAAAAUCACGAACCGCCAACAUGUCUGAGGGAAAGAAAAUGACGUCCAGCCGCAGGCACCAUCUGAAGAGUGUGAUCUUGCAGAUCGCCGCUGGCUGGCUCGAGCAGGAGAAGAAGGACAUUGCGGCGGCAAAGGAGAACUAUUUAGGCGAGAACUGCCCCGCACCCGAGCUGAGCGGAGACCAGGCCGCCCUCAUGGAACUCUGCAAGAAGCUCCACCAGGCCAUCGACAAGAUCGAUGAGGCGAGGUACGACGCCGAGUCCAAAGUUCAGAAGGCCGACAAAGAGAUCGAGGAUCUGAAGAUGAAGGUGGUGGAGCUGGCCGGAGUGAAGAAGCCCGCCCUGAAGAAAGUGCGUAUGUCUGCUGACGCCAUGCUGCAGGCUCUGCUGGGAGGAAAACACAAGGUGACCAUGGACCUGAGGGCCAACCUGAAGCAGGUCAAGAAGGAGGUCAAAGAGGAGCCCACAGAGGCGCUCGGCGACUGGCGUAAGAACAUCGAGGAUAAGGCCGACAGGAAGAAGAUGUUCGAGACUUCCUAAAAACCGUCCUGAGGUGGCGAGGAACGACGGCAGAGGAGACGUCUGCGUCCGAAGGUCUGAGUGACUCAGAGUGUCUCCCUGUUCCAGCAGGACUCGCAGGGACGACACUUGAGGCACUUUUUCGUUGUCUUUUUUUUGUUUUUGUGAUACCGCCGCCCCCCCGACAGACACUGAACCGACACGAAGUCCCGUCAACAUGUAACGCAGUCAAA